ACAACAUGGCCGCCUAGAUUUUUUUUUUAAAUUGUCUGUCCCUUUUUUUUGCCAAAGAAUUACAAAGAUUUCUAACUUUUACAACUGAAAAUGUGACAUGAAGCAUAUUCGUUUGAUCAAUCUCAACUCUCGAAAUGGCAAAAGCAAAUAUGAAGAAGAAUCCUACCGAAAAUGGUCUUCCAGUUCUAGGAGAAAAUGAAGAUACAUUUAAUUUCUCUAAUAGUGCCAGUCAGAAAAACCCUCCUGUCUCUAGUCGAUCUUCAUCCCAAGCUAGUAGAAGGACACCAACCCCAACAAAACAAAUUUCACUUACAGCUGUCAGGAGGAGAGAAGAAAGUUUUCAUCAGGAAGAUGACCCCUCAAAGGUUGAAGAGCUGAGGAAAUCUAUGAAAAUAGAAGCUGAGAGGAGUUUUUUGAAAGAACCAACAGAUCUGAAUGAGUUUGUUGUGGAAAGAAAUACAGCUGGAAGUCAGGUGACGAAGAUGAAGAAAACUUCACGACACAACUGCUAUCAUAAUGGGGAUGUUGAAACUGCAGUACAGAAAGAAAAGAAAAAACCAAUGGAUGAAGUGCCUAAGAAACCAGUUGAUAAACCAACGUCUAGCACUACAGACAAAAAGAAAGAAGAUAAAAAACAAGAAAGUAGCAGUGAAGAAAGUAGUGAUGAAGAAGAGGAAGAAAGAAAAGCUCCAAAUCAGUUGUUGAUGGAAUUUUUAGAAUGUAUAUAUGCAAAAGACUUUCCUACUGCUGCAAAGUUAUGUAAAAUGAUUUUGAUAUAUGAACCUGACCACCCAGUGGCCUUGCAAUUCCAACCUGUAAUUGAAGAAAAAAUCCAACAGGAUAUAGAGGCAGAACAAGAAGGAGAAGGGAGUAAUGAGUCUGGUUCUGAUGAUGAUGACAGUGGGGAGGAGGAUGACUCAGAUAGUGAUGAUGAUAGUGACAGCGAUGAUAGUGAUGAUAGCGAUGAUGAUGAUGACGAUGAAAAUGAAAAUGAAGAUGGUGACAAUGAAAAUGAAGACAAUCAAAAGAUACCUCAACCUCAACAGAAACUUUCAGUAGGACCAUUUAAAGUUUGAUGCAAGUAGAAAUGUUUGCAGUGACAAUUCAGUUGUGGGUGAAACAGAGGAUUCUGGGAUAGCUUCUACAGAAUCAUCAGAUAGAGAUUUCUAUGAAAUGUGACAUUAGUAUAAGAUAUUUACAUAAAUUCUUAUAAGAGCCAUUGAUUCAUUUCAUGACCCAUCAGUCAUUGUCAUAUAUACCAUCAUUAAUAUGAUAGUACUUCUUAUGUCAUCUCACAUUUUAACUAGGAAAUGCAGGGUUUUCUGUUUUGUCUUGCUAUAUUUAGAAAAAUUAUUAGCAGUUUUGGUUUGCUCAAGUGAAUUGUUAGUAACUUUUGUACAUUCCAUUAAAAAUUGAGAAAUGAAUAUUAAAUACAUUGUAUUUUUAAGUAUGUUGAACACAAGCUUUGCACAUUACACCUAUAUAUUUCAGAUGAAAUCAAGUGUCAACGAACUAAUAAAAAAAUAAAUCACCCUAAUGGCCAAAAUUCUGAAUGUUUGAAUUUUUUUCCUAUUUUUUUAUGCCCAUGUUGAAUGCAAUGAUUCCAUGGCUGUCAACUCUGGCAUAAAUUUCAAAAGAUUUAAAAAAAAAAUUGGAUGUUUUUGAUUUGUCACGUAUGUCAGAUGUGGAAGGUUUGAAAUUCCAGAAGUUGAUUUCCUGUUAAAAAUGCCUUUCAAUGCUGUGGAACAGAUUGAAUUUGAAAUAAAAUCAAUCAGUUGUUGCCCAGCCAUAUAGUUUGGUCCUUGUAUUAGAACUGCUUGCCCUCAACUUAGAGUUAAAAAUUCAGACAUUUUAAAAGUUAUUAAGACCAUUAUUCAUAUAGAUACUAUAAAUUGGGAUAAAGAUGUACUUGUUUUCUCUGACAAAAAUCCUGAUAAUAAUAUUUUAAUUUUUUUGAAUGACUUUAUCAAACCGAAUGUUUUUUUGUGUUUUUUUUCAAGGCAGUAUUAAGGAAUGCCAAUUAAUACUGUAAAAGUUUUUGUUCUCAUAUUAUUGCAAGGGAUACAACUUUUCUUCUUAUUCUUUCCUCUGUAAAGACACAUUUCAGUGCCUAUAGCUUACUUUUAUUUAAAAACUUUCAAUUCCCCAAUAGUAUCCCUAUUUUAUCAUGUCAAUAGUUUUUUACCCAAAAUUGGAUAAAAUUAUAUCAACCAACAAAACGAAUUGAUAAGAACUGUUUUUAUCCAACCCAAUCAUAGGUUUGAACAUUGUUUUCAAUUUCUAUAUAUAUAUAUAGAUUGUAAGGUGUAUAUGUCUGUCUGGCAUGGUUCAUCUGACCUUGACCUCAUUUCCGUGGAUCAUUAAAAAAGUUAAGUGCAUGUGAUACUUGUAGUGUCCACCCUUCAUAUUAAAGACUUUCAACAUGAAUUCAAUCAUGGCCCGGUAAGUAAAGCAUGCAAGACAUUUCAGGGUGUGCUCUUUUUUAUGUGCUUUGAUAUUGGUUUGACGAGUCAAUACAAAAAAAAAAAAUUACGGUAUGAUUGCCAAUGAGACACCUCUCCACCAGAAACCAAAUGAUGUAAGUUAGCAACUAUAGGUCACACUACAACCAUUAUCAAUGAGUAAAACCAAGCCCUCUUUUUUUACAGAUUUUUAGUUUGUUCUUGUGUUGUACUGUUACUCACUGUUCCAGGUUUGAGGGAGGGUUGGGCGCCCACAACAUUGUUUAACAACUCCACACUUUGUAUGUGCUUGUCCCAACUCAGGAGCAUGCAAUUUAAUGGUUGUCUGUUGCUAUAGAUUAUAUUUUUUAUAUUUAUUUUUUAGUUUUUUUACCCAAAAUUGGAUAAAACUAUAUCAACCAACAAAAUGAAUUGAUAGGAACUGUCAUAUUAUGACUUGGUACAGGCAUUUUCAGAAGAAAAUUGUAGUUGGUUUAACCUAAUGUACAGUAUUGGUAUUUACUGAGAAAAAGGUUCAACAGUCAUUUUUUUGUUUUAUCAUAUCACAAGAGUUUAUUAGAUUUAAUUUGAUAUAGUGAAAUGUAAAAUGUGUGGUUGAAAAAACAAAUGAAUUGUCAUGCAUGUUUGUAUGUUUGUGAGAACAAAAUAAAAUGUAAACAAAUGUAUGUGUGAUAAAAGACAAUAUGAUACUGUGGAUUCAUUUAUUUUCGUGGGUACCAAUUUUCGUGGAUUGAGAAAAACUCACACUUUCGUGGAUAUAUAAUUUCGUGGUUUUACCAUAGUCUGCAUACAGGCCAAUGGAAAAUUUGGAAUUCGUUGCACAUUUAAAUUCGUGGUUCACCUGUACCCAAAAAGUCCACGAAAAUUGGUAUCAAAUGAAUAAUGAUGAAUCCACAGUAGUGGUUGUCCUUAACCUGUGAGCUAAAUUAACUGUGAUAUUCAUAUUUUAUAAAUACUAUUUUGUAUUGAUAAUUAAAUGUUUGUGCUUUCAUCUUGA